AUGCCAAACGGCAUCAGCAAGCGCCAGCAGCUGCGGAACGAAAAGACCCUGACGGAGCUGAUCCGCACCGUUCCUGGCAAUGACCGAUGUGCCGAUUGCGAUGCCUUGACCCCAGGAUGGGCAAGUUGGAACAUGGGCAUCUUCCUCUGCAUGCGCUGCGCCGCACUGCAUCGAAAGCUGGGCACACACAUUUCCAAAGUCAAGUCGUUAACAAUGGACACCUGGUCCGCGGAACAGGUUGAUAGCAUGAAAUCGCAUGGCAACCUCCUUAUGAACAAAAUCUACAAUCCGCGAAACAUUAAGCCCCCAAUUCCGACCGACAUCGACGAAGCCGAUGCAUGCAUGGAGCGACACAUUAGAGCGAAGUAUCAAUAUCGUUCGUUGGAAGAUGGGAAGCCGAAGCCUCCGAGCCGGGAGGAUUCGAGCUAUUCCAACCCCAGGACCAGGUCACCAGAAAUGUCAAGAAGGAACUACGAUGAUAGAUCUCCAGAGGGAUCACCUCCGCCGCUGCCGCCAAAGUCUGGCAAGUUCUUCAAGUUCGGUCUUCGAAACUCAUCCUCCACGUCCAACCUCCGCCGAUUCGGAAACAAGCCCAAGGUCACAUCGCCAACUUCAGACAGUGGUUCUUGGUCACCACCGCCGGCAUUGCCAUCCAGGAGGGUCACAGGACUUGGUGCGCCUGUCGCCGAUGUGACGACCGCCUCGUUUGAAUCUAAAAUGGCCGCGCUGCAGGAUAUGGGUUUCACCAAUGACCGACGAAAUGAGAUGGUUCUCAAGGGAUUGAAUGAAGACUUGGACCGCGCAGUUGAAACAUUGGUCAGGUUGGGCGAGGGAAGCAACCCUACAUCAAGGUCUCGAACUCCUGCUGCGGCAUCUACGAGCGCGAUGACCCCGAAGCCCGAGACAUCCAACAAUCCGUUUGACCGCGCCGUGUCGAAUCCAGUGCCUCAGCAGUCGCAACCCCAGACCGCUUCUUACAAUCCCUUUGACCAACCAAAACUGACGCCGGCCUCUGCACAACCCUUGGAGUCGUCGUUCCAGAGCCUGCAGGUUUCCCAGCCAUUGUUCCCCCACUCCACUGGUGGAUAUCCAAACCAAAGCUCCAUGCAGCAGCCUAUGUACCAACAGCCCUACACACCUCCCGUCACGGCAACCUUCUCACAGUCCUCCUACGUCGCAUCGCCCCAGACAAUGGAUAGCUACAAUCCUUUUGCCCAGACAGCGCCGCAGCCGCAGGUGCAGCAGCCACAGAAUGGCUUGGCCAGCCAGUCAUAUCCAAACCCGAGUGCACAGCAGACCAACCCGUUCUUUAACAUUGCACAACAAAAUCAACCCAUGCAGCAGCAAACUCAGCAACAGGUGCCGACGCUCGCGGCCCCUAACCAGCCUCAGCACGCGAACACCAUGCCGGCCAUGUCUUCCUCGUCCCCUUUCGGCAAUUCGCCAUUUGGACCCUCCUCUUCAUUCCAAGAACAGCAGCAGCAGCAGCAGCAGCAGCAGCAGCAGCAGCAGCAGCAACAGCAACGGCAGCAACCCCAGCAGCAACCCCAGCAGCAACAAAAUGCUGGCCUAGGAUCAUACAACCCGUUCCAGUCAGGUCCGGCACCGACACGGGGUGCAAGCGGUUACCCCAACCAACAGCAAUCCCACCUGCAACCCCAGCAGCCGCAGCAACUCAUGUCGCAGCCCACGGGACAGAUGAACAAAAGCAACAUUCUUUCCUUGUACAAUUUGGGCCCCUCCCAGUCUAAUGUUCCUCCGAUUCCCCAACAAUAUCAAGCCCAGGCCCCCCAGGCUCAGCCCCAAUCCACGGGAAUGAACCCCUUCCCUCAAUCCUCGAACCCAUACGCCUCUAUGCAACAGAACCAGACAAGCCUCCAAAGUCAGCCUCAGCCUCAGUCUCAACAACCAGCUGCCAAUGGCCAACCCUCCUCAACCAACAACCCAUUCUUCGGCGGUGUUCCAGCCGGUACCGGUUUCUCCGCUCAAGCAGGCCUGAACCCCUACCAGCAACAGCAACAACAACAGCAGCCUUCCCCAGGUGCCGGUAGCGGUCUCGCCGCCCAGGCAGGAAUAAACCCCUACCAACAGCAGCAAAACCAGUCUGGACUAGGAAUCGGCGGUUUGAACAACCAGCCAGGAGCCGGAGGCUUUGGAACAACCCCAACAAUGGGAGGGAACCCCUCCCCAUUCAAAAGCGCGCCUCCAACAGGCUCGGCAUUCAACCGAACACACAUGAGCCAGCCAAGCGUGGACGUGAGCGGAUUGCAGAAUGGCCGGCAUAGCCCUGAUGCUUUUGCCAGCCUGAGUGCUCGCUAUGGUUGA